GUCCUCUACAUGUCGCCGCGCACAGUCUCUUCCUUCAUCAUCGCUGAUGUCUCUCUCCGGUUUUAACAACGUCAACAACGACCAACAGUAGACCCGGGCCUGGAUCUAACUUAUGGGACAUGGCGAUCGUUUUAAGAGGACUUUAAACAAAUGAAAUGUGACCAAAACCACGACGAGCUGACUAAUAAAAGUUCACCUUUGCCUGUCGGGGAAAUGAAGGACGCGAGCGGCCAAACACCUGCAGAGAGCCCCGCAGCGCAGAAUUCAGUACAUAAAAACGGACAUGCUGUUACUCAGAAUGGCCCUAACGGAACACAUACAACUCAACCCCAGACACCAGUGGACUCCAGAGAUCCAGAUCCUGCACCCGCGCUCCCUCCAACCAUCCCGAGGGAACAGUGGGGUGGGAAAUAUGAAUUCCUGCUCUCCUGUAUCGGAUACUGUGUUGGGCUCUCAAAUGUGUGGAGAUUUCCAUACCUAUGUUAUCGCAACGGAGGAGGGGUAUUUCUGAUCCCAUACUUUAUUAUGCUGUUUGUCACUGGAGUGCCACUGUUCCUCAUGGAGCUGAGUUUAGGCCAGUAUGGAGCAGCAGGCCCGAUCACUGUGUGGAAAUGUUGCCCUCUACUAAAAGGGAUUGGCAUUGGGAUGCUGUGUGUGUCCACACUUGUGUCUCUCUAUUAUAAUGUCAUCAUUGCAUGGACAUUUUAUUACCUGGGCAGCUCUUUUCAGAGCCCCCUGCCCUGGUCCUGUGAUGCUGUAGCCAAUGCAGCGCUAUGUGGUAAUGAGACUGAAGGCAAUAACUAUACCACCAAAAGACUCAGCCCCACUGAAAUCUUCUUUAAUGAGCGUGUUCUGGGGGUAGUGUACAGUGAGGGGCUCCAUGACCCCGGCCCUGUGCGAUGGCAGUUGGCUCUCUGUCUGCUGGCCGCCUGGUUCAUCAUCUUUCUGUGCAUGCUCAAGGGCAUCCACAGCUCUGGGAAGGUGGUCUACGUAACAGCCACAUUCCCAUACUUUGUGCUAAUUGUGCUAAUCAUCAGAGGGGCAACACUUGAAGGAUCACUGCAGGGCGUCGCUUUCUACCUCACCCCAGACUGGGCCCGGUUAUUAAAUGCACAGGUGUGGAAUGAUGCAGCCUCGCAGAUAUUCUACUCUCUGGGCAUUGGUGUUGGUGGGCUCCUCUCCAUGGCGUCAUAUAACAAGUUUGACAACAAUGUGAUAAGGGACACUAUAGUUAUCACCGUGGGGAACUGUGGGACCAGCUUCUUUUCCGGAUUUGCCAUUUUCUCCAUCCUAGGACACAUGGCGUGGAGGAAGGGUGUGCCUGUAGGAGAAGUAGCUGAUACAGGUCCAGGUUUGGCAUUUGUUGCUUACCCAGAGGCCCUUGCUCUACUGCCAGGUUCCGUAUUCUGGUCUAUCUUAUUCUUCCUCAUGCUGUUUAUGCUGGGAGUUGAUACUCUGUUCGGCAACAUGGAGGGCAUCACCACAGCAGUGCUGGACGAGUUUCCACAGCUCAGACAAAACCCACUGCUCAAGUGUUUGUUCCUGGGUGCACUCUGUUUUGCCUUCUACCUUAUGGGCCUCCUGCUGGUCACCGAUGGGGGCAUUUACUGGUUCACUCUCAUUGACUCAUUCAGCACCAGUUUUGGCCUCAUCAUAAUCACCCUCUUCAUGUGCCUUGGCAUCUCCUUUUUCUAUGGAGUGAACCAGUUUUGUCAGGACAUCAUAGAUAUGAUCCGUCAUUGCCCUCCGUGGUGCACCAAAGUUUUGAUUUACUUCAAAGCAUGCUGGGUUUUCUUCACUCCGUUUCUUUUACUGUUCAUCCUGACUUACAUCUUCAUUGAAAUGUACAACACGCCUCUUCGCUACGGGUCCUAUGUGUAUCCCAUGUGGGGUAAAGCGCUUGGCGUGUGCAUGGCAACAGUCUGCUGUCUACAGAUCCCCAUUUGGGGCAUUGUCGCCAUCUGCAAAGAAACUGGGACACUAAAAGACCGUUUUCAAAAAUCUAUUCGACCUCUAAACUCCUGGAGGGUGAACAAUUUGAACAGCGCCAGGCAGGUGGAGGAGCGGGUGGAGCCGGAGAGAGUGGAGGCUCCGUUUACAGUGACGCUCACAGAUAUGGAUUUCACCGCCAUGACCUGGGAGGAGGGGAGCCACGCAUGAUCCGUUACAGAACAGGGAAUGACUUAUUUUAUGUAAAAAUUAUAAUUGCACAAUUUGACUCUGAAAGCUGCAUCUGUACAGACUGUCCUGCAGUGCUCCUGGAUUUAUUUCCUAAAUCAAGCUGUUGUUUACCGUCAGGACAAUCUUCAGUGCUGAAGAUUUUUUAUGUUAUAAGAAGAAAUGUGGAUAAUUUAUUAACAUUGCCAGUGUUAGUAAGUAAUUUAUUGUAAGUUUUUUGUUAAAGUUGCACUAUGUAACUUUAUUUCUAGAGGGACUAACACCAUCUUGCCUGGAGGCAUAUUUUAUUACUCUACCUGAAAUGUUCUACAGCAUAGCAUUAAACAUCUCUAUCUCCAUGAAGGCAAGUCCUCUCACAGUAAUAAUGUACAUUUUUCAUUGUACUUUUGACGGUAAUUAAAUAAAUAUGACAUAUAUAACAUACUGAGGAACAUUCUGGUAAAGCAAUAAGAAGGUGGCGCAUGGUCCACUAGAAAAGUUACACAGUGCACCUUUAAAAAAUUACCUUGUUUAUGAAAAAAAAAAUUGCCUGAAUUUCCAUCUCACACAUUGUUCAUGUAAUGUUAAAAAAUGUUAAACCACUGGUUGUGUUUUUAAAUUAUUAUUUUAUGAAACUGCUUUUAUCAUUUAAAUGAUAAAUUAUAAGAUCAUGCAUUAAACAAAAAAUAUGUUGCCAAACGAAAUGCUUGUCUACAUUUCAAGUACCGGUAGUUAUUAUUAUUUUUUUUUAAUGUUUUGGUAUUUUGAUCUACAGGGACUGUUUACUCGUUUGCAUGUUUGGAACAAAAGAAAAUUGCUGGUCUCUUUCAUGUUCAUGUGUAAACUAUUGUAAAUGUCAAAGUGGCUUACUAUUGUACAAAUGGUUACUACUUAAAAGUUUAUUUUCUUACCUUAAAAUUUAAAAUGUGCCUUAUUGCACACUCCACAUGCUGCUUAUGUACAUGAUAGAGUUUUAUUUAAUAUUUGAAACUGUCAGUAAUGUGCUGUAUGUUACCUUGCUUUGGUUUUGUUGUUUUAAUUUGUGCGAAAAUAAAAUAUUAGUGUUACAAUGU